GUAUCGUUAUACAACACUGCCAGAGUGGUGGAAUGCACAAAAGCCGUAGGAUUUGAAAACCUUCAGGAUAUCUUUGAGGAAAUUCCUCGUUUUAGUGGUGCGAUCCUUGCCAGAAGGUGGCACAUCAACUCUGACCAAAUGCCAGGCCACAAGCACAGCCGGAAAGUGGCGCAAUCCUCGCGCAUCCCUUCGCAGGCCCGGGAAUAUAUAGACGAAGUGGCUGGGGAUCGGGAGCUGGAGCGCUACAUGAUCUUGUCGUCGACCGCAAGCAGUGGUAGCACAAACAGUUGCCUCCUACACCAGGUUCCAGCCCCAGGAGCCAUGGCCCACAACAGCAGUGGAACUUGUUCAGAAUCCUCCACUAAGCGCAGGAGUAAGGAGAAGGGAGUUCCUCUGGCACCACCACCACCUCCACCACCGCCUCCGGCUCACGGAGCACCCAAGCGAAUCAAGAUCAGGCCCAGGCUCAAGGAGAAAAGGAAAUCAUCCGAGGAGGAGGUGAUCACAGUCAUUCCCAUCGAGAUGGAAACGAAGAAGACCUGCCUGGCAAUAGCUGCCACCCAGACGUACUCUGCGUCCGCCGAGGAUCUACGCACACCCACCAAAACCUCCCCCGAUAAGAUCACCAAGAAGACCCAGACCCCGGAGUCUGCUCUCAAAUCCCACAAGCGCCUAGAAUGGGAUCCCUCGGCCGAUGUGGGCUACUACAAACGAGCUGUUUCCACAAGCAACAUCAGCACCCUAGAGCGCUCGGUCCUGGAGUCCUCCAACUGGCGCCAACCUUGUUCCGAAACGGACCUAACCCGGGAGCGAGGUACUUCGCCCAUGGCUCCGGAGAAACCCACGCCGCCCCUGGCCUCCAGUACGUUUGUGAAUCGCAGCCAGAGACCAGUCACCGCCCAUCCCGGGCCGGUCAGUAACCAGUCCAGCUUGAAAUCUCUUCAGAAUUCAACAGAGAACUCCAACAAGCAGGACUCCCAGCGUUCCAGUUCCAGAAAGGAGCCAAGCUCCCGCCAUAUGCCCAUGCCAGCAGCAGAGUCCCGCGCCAGUUCGCGCCGAGAAUCCCUGAUGGAGUCCCAGCCCAGCUCUCGUAGCUCUCGCAUAUUGGACUCCCGUUUGAGCUCCCGCCGGGAGUCGCAGGCCACAUCCUUGUACGGCAGUUCGGCGGCCAGCAGCUUCGAUUACAACAACCACCCCAUGCCGGAGGAAGUGUGGCCCAGCAAGGCACAGCCCCCAGUGGCAGUCGCGACCGAUCGGCAGAACCUGGAGAAACGGAAAGCGGACCAGCGCGAAAAGGAGAAGGAAAAGGAGCGCGAGUACACGGCGGCCCAGUUGGAGAAGGCCCUCAAUAAGCGCAACCGGAACAAGGAGAAUCGUCAGCCAGUGGUCAGUAACUCCUCGUCCUCUUCCGUCGCAGGCUCAGCUUCGGGAAGAGGCCGCAAGGUCGACCUGGAUUUGGGCAUCGAGCUGCUCUGUUCGCUGGUGAACUCUCGCAGUCUCAGCGAGGUGCAGAAGAAUAAGCUCAUACGCGACAUCGCCAGGAAGAUAUCGUGCCUGGAACUGGCUGAAUCCCGGCCGGAUAACCGAAACCACCAAACACAGACUGAAAAUGUGCCGCCAGCUCCCCUCCAGCAGCAGAAUGUGGCCAAGAGGCGAAGCGGAUCCCUCUCGCUGAGAAAGUCACCCGUUGCGUACCUGGAAGUUGGAGCAGACCGACCUGACAAGCAAAGCCACCAAACGCAGACCGAUAAAGAGCCUCUACAGCACAGAGAUAUGGCCACCAACACCUCGGAGAGGUCCUCCAGACGCAGCAGUUCGCUCUCAAGCGUUAGAGCUCCAGCCGCACCGCUGCCCGUGCCGGCUCCUCGCAAACGUACCACUGCCCUCACCCCACCGCCGCCGCCGGCAGCCACUAGCAUGUCCAGCGGCACUUCGACCAGCGUCUCCCAUGAUAUCAUAACCCAGAAAAUGAAUUCCCUACCCCCCCGAGCAGAAGCCGCCUCCACGGAUGCUGAUGUGGCCGACGCCGUCAUGGCGGAUUGGCUGCAUCCGAUGACCCAGAGUGAAAUAGAGUAUGAGGGGCGCCAGAAGACGGGCCUGCAGGCUGAGCACAGGGAGAAGCUGAAGCUGGUGGACGACGAGAUACGACGCCUGCAGCUGUUGAGGGAAGAUAUCAGCUCAUAUCUGAAAGGUUUUCCGAGUCAGAGCCCCAGUUCGGCGGCCAGGAACGAGGUUUUCCUGCUGGUCGAGCCAGUUUUCCAAGUCGGCGAUGCUCCGCCAUCUUCCGGCCUGGCGGAUGAAGCCUCUGAAGCUCCCACUCCGCCGCCGAGACGUGCUUCGUUGAGCGGACCACCCAAGGAGCUCCCACGGAUACCAUCCUCGUCCUCAUCGGCAGCUCUGGAGCCUGUAGCACCACCACCACCAGUGCCACCGCACCAGGUGCGACGAAAGAUGGCCACUCCGGUGCUGCGGAGCUCAUCCAGCGGCGGCAGCGAGAGCGUAUGCUCCUUUGUCAAGCAGCGAAGCCGGGAGUUCAACGAACACUACCGGUCCCUGCAGAAGCAGCAGUUGUUGCUGGCCCUGCAGCAGCAGAAGGAACUGGAGAGGCAACAGCAGCGAUGCUCUCAGACCCAUCGCAGCCUUCGUCCGGCCAGGCAGGAGCAGAGUCCCUACAUCGAAAUGAACCACUACACGCAGGCCCACGUCCAUACCCACUCCAGCAGAGGCUACUGCUGCGCCGACAAGGAGGAGGCCGUCUACUACCAGGUGGUGAACACCGAAGAAGCCACCGGCCACCGAGAAGAAAAAGGCGGAGGCAGCAGCACCACCACCACCACUACAACCACCACCACCAACUCGUCGUCGUCCGUAAUGUGCAUGAGUUCGGACAUGUCGGUGCCCAUGGGAAUGGUGAACACGUGCGAGACGACAACCACGACAACGACGCACCAGUACGAUGAUGUGGCGUGCCACAGAAUCCACCACAUUCGCCGGACAGAGCGCCAACCGGAAAAGGAGAACAAUCCCGACGCGAUCAUCAGGCGGCAGUUGCUGCAAGUUCGUCCAACUGGGGUGGCGUACAUGAUCCAGUUCACUGACAACGCCAAGGAGGAGGACAUGGGCCCACCGAUAUCCCUGCAGGACCAGCUCCAUCUGGCCCGCCCCGAGUUCUGCAUGAAGUCCAAGGAGCGCAAGGCCAUACUGAACAAGAUGCAGGCGCUGCGGGCUACUCGCCGCCGGGAAAUGGAGGAGCUACUGAUGGACGACAACAUGACGAGUGUGGAAGCAGUUGACAGAAAGCUGAUGGAGUUGCCUCCACCAGCCACUUGUCAACUGCGUGUCUUUUCCACUCGCAACAUGAAGGCCAUGACCUCCAAACGGUGCCGGGACCUGCCCGAAGUAGUGGCCGCCAAGAAUCGAGCCAAGGAGGAGAGGCAGCGCCGAUGCAACCGUCUCAUGCGUGAGGUCUUCAACAAGCGUCUCAAGCAACGUGUGUCUGAAGGAAAAGUCUCGCUCAACCACAGCGUCACCAUGAUAUAGCAUCUAGCAGGAUAUA